AUGGGCUAUCUUCAAAUGAGUCGAUUUUUCUUCUCUUUCAUGACCUGGGUGCAAGCUGCAGCUGAUCAUGGAGGCAUCAGCUACAGCAAUGACAGUAUAGGAGUCAUUGUUGAUUAUGGUUCCCGUGUGGGCAAAGAAGAGAAAGUAGCAAUGGAGUUGGCCAUUGAUGAUUUCUACAACAAGACUAAUCAACGAUUGGUUUUGCGUUUGAGAGACUCUCAAGGCGAUCCUCUUCGCAGGAGGCUUUCAGCUAACCAUGGACCUCAUAGAGAAGCAGCAAGUGCAGGCCAUUGUAGGCCUUCAGACUUGGGAGGAGGUGCGCCAUUCCUGGUUCAAGCCUCACCAAUUAGAUACUGGCAAAUGAAUGCAGUGGCUGCCAUUGUUGGAUCCUGGAGAUGGCGUUGGAUCACUGUGAUAUACGAGGACAUUGACUCUGCUGCCACUGAUAUCAUUCCAUGUCUUGCUGAUGCCCUCAAGCAAGUGGGUUCAGAAAUUGGCUACCUUCUGGCUCUUCCACCAUUUACUGUCAAUUCCUCUACUCCUUUAUCAGAUGAGCUUGAGCGGCUUAAAGGAAGGCAAUCAAGAGUAUUUGUGCUUCAUUCCUCUUUAUCAAUGGCACACCACGAGUCUUGUACAUUCUGUGAAUUCUGCAAUCAUCUCUCAUCAAUGCAAGGCAUUCUAGGAUUGAAGAGCUACUUCUCUCAAAGUGGACCAUGGUUCCAGGAGUUCGACCUCAGAUUCAGAGAAAAGUUUCAUUCCUUGUAUCCCAAGGAAGACAACCAAGAGCCUGGGAUUUUCGCUCUGCAGGCAUAUGAUGCUGUAUGGUGUGUGGCUCUUGCAAUGGAGGCAGCUUCAAGCAGCAAAAAAGGAGAACUCGGGUUCUGGUUCAAGGGAUUUGGUUUCUCCAAGACUACCAAUGAGACAGCAAAAUACGGUAGGCAGCUCCGAUUCCUUGGACAAGUGCUCUGGCCAGGAUACCCUUGGUCUGUUCCAAGAGGAUGGUCUCUUCCAACAAGCCAAAAACCAUUGCGGAUCGGUGUCCCCCAACGUGGAACAUUCCAACAGUUCGUUAACGUGACAUAUGAUGGAAGCCAUUAUUCUGUUACCGGAUUGUCCAUCGAGGUUUUCAAUGCAACUCUAGAACACCCGGGAUAUCCUUUAACAUACAAGCUCAUUCCUUACAAUGGCAGCUAUGAUUCACUGGUGGAGCAGGUUCAUCUCAAGAAAUGCUUGGAAGUGGAAGCAGACGAUGAUCACAGCAUUAGCCCAGACAGCCUUUGGGCGCUCUUCUUAGCAACAGGAGCUACAUCAACAGUUUCACUGGCAAUCUAUGUGGCACGCCAUGCCAGAAGCAGCAUUUCCAGGAUUUUAUGUUGGAACACAGGCAUUUGGAGGCUGACAUCUGCAGCAAUGAGAUCCUGGAUACAUCACCAUGCACAAAGAACACGAUCCUCUGCUGGAGACAUCAAAAGAACCAGUUCUCUAGUAGAGUUAGGAACGUACAGAGGAAGCCACGGAAAUGCCUAA